AUGCACAAAACAUUUCAUUUUGUACUCUUCAUAGUUUUAACUUUGGGAGCUGAAUGGUAAACAGGUUUAGACCAUGUGAUCAAAAACCAGCCUUAAUUAACACUCACCAGCAAUUAUCCAAUCCACACCCAAGUCGAAAUCCUAUUUGAUAAGCAAUUCUCAGAGUAUGUAUCUCUCUCUUAAAAGAGUGCCUGAAGUAUUGCUCAUGUUUGAACAAGUAACCUUCGAAUCAAUGUUGGAUGUCGAUAUUAAUCUUUCAUUAGGACAAGUGACCAAAUCUGGUAGAACAUAUAAACUCUCCUUUUAGGCUUCGAAUUAAGGUAUCGCUUAGGAGGACCUGCACGAGUCCAAUAACUUAAAGUCCGAUGGGUAGCAUUUGUGGAUAAUAAUGUACAACUUACCUAUCGUGAAUUCAAUUUCAUGCAAUUGAGAGAACUUCGUCAAGGUAUACUCCUCUCCUCCUACAUCACUAGGGUUUGGUGUAAGAGAAGACGCAUUCACUCAUCCUGUUAAUGGCAACAUACAAUCUCCAAAAGUUAGCGCUUUUCUUGUGGGAUUCAAAAUGAAUCCAGAAAACGGACCCUAUGCUCUUUAAAUAAAUUGUGCUCUAGAUCCAGAAAUGCAAAACGUCAAUUUAAAUCUUAAAACCAAAGACACUACUCAUGUAAGAUAUGUCAAAGUGGCUGUGAUUCUAGUAGGAACAGGAUCAAAAGCCAUAACCAAAUAAGGUGGUAUCGAUUCAAGAGGUUUCAAUUACUUUGAAGUACUUAUUCUAUUGUUUCCCCAAGGAAUAAAGCACCACUGGAAUCAGAAGAAUCGAUUACAAAUAAAAUGUCCCAGAUACUUUCUUAACGGCACCUUAAGAUAAUAUUCUAAGUCAAGGAUUGAGAGGAUUUGAGGCGAAUAGUACGGAAAGCGAACUUAUUUCAAUGAGCUUGGAUAAGUAUCAUGUAUUCGAUGAUAAUUAUGAAAUGAACUUUGGUCCAUGUAUGGAGUACUUUUCUAUUAAGAGUGAAUGGCACUCUGAUCUACAGUCUAGAUUUCUCCAUCUUGUUGCACGAACCAACCAAAAUAGAGAAAAUGACAAUGAGUCAUCUGCGUAGAAAAUGAGUUUAAUAAAAUAAAUAAGAG